CCCACGGGUCCUCCUUCGGCCGGCCGAGAGAGCCGCCCCCGCCUCGAGAAGCGCCCCCGAGCCUCGGCCCGCGCCGCCCCUGCGCCCGCGCCCGCCCGCCCGCCCGCCCGCCUCCGCCGCGCCGCCCGCUGCUCCCGCGCGCCUCGGGGUCGGGCUCCCGCCUCGGCUCCUCGAUUCUCCGCCGCCAGGGAAGGGCGCCCGCCCGCCGCUCGCCGUUGGCUGCCGCCGCUGCCGGUUCCGCGUCUCGCUCGGCGUCGUGCUUGACCCCCAGAGCUCCGUCCAGCUGGAAUGAAUAUAUCUGCGCCUAAUUUCUGUGCAGAGGAGAUUCCCCCACCCCGAGGCGACUUUUCAUGGGGAGCCGUCGCGGCAGCAGCCCCGCCGCCGCCGCCGCCCGCCGCAGCAGCCGCCGCAGCGCCCGCCGCGCCUGAUCCGGGGCGCGCCUACCCGCCGCAGAGCCGGGGCCUCGAGCUCGCCGCCAGCCGCACGCCCAGCCCCGACCCGGGCUUCGGAUUUUGCCCAGGCGCCCCGGCGGCGGCGGCGGCGGAGCCCGGCGGCGCGCUCUUGGGCUCGACGGCGCCCAGCCCUGCUCCCAGCCCGGACGCCGCCGGCUAUGGCUUCAGCGCCGUCUCGGGGCGCGCCGAGGGCAAGAGCGGCGGCGAGGAUUCGCGCAUCCGGCGGCCCAUGAACGCCUUCAUGGUGUGGGCCAAGGACGAGAGGAAGCGGCUGGCGCAGCAGAACCCGGACCUGCACAACGCGGUGCUGAGCAAGAUGCUGGGCCAGGCGUGGAAAGCCCUGAGCGCCAGUGACAAGCGCCCCUUUGUGGAAGAAGCCGAGCGGCUGAGGAUCCAGCACCUGCAGGAUCACCCCAAUUAUAAGUACCGUCCCCGGAGAAAGAAGCAAGCCAAGAAGAUCAAAAGGAUGGAGCCGGGCAUCCUUCUUCACAACCUGCCCCAGCCCUGCGGCGAGAGCUUCGGGAUGGGCCACCGCAGCACCGGCGGCAGCAUCGGCCACUCGGGUCACUCCCAGCCGCCCCCGCUCAACCACUUCCGAGAACUGCGCCCGAUGGGGUCGGACGUGGAGAACUACGGCCUGCCGACCCCCGAGAUGUCUCCUCUGGAUGUCUUGGAGCAGGCGGAACCUGCCUUUUUCCCUCCGCACAUGCAGGACGACUGCAACGUGAUGUCCUUUCGGGGGUACCACCACCACCCUCCUCCUCCCCAGAUGGAGUUUUCCCCAGAAAAAAACCUGGGGCGGAACGUGGCAAUGGGGUACCCCCCGAACCCGCCCUCCCAACUGGCCGAAGCCAUGAGGACUCCCCAUCCGCCUGGGAUGUUCUACCACCAGAUCUGUGCCGGCGCCGCCAGCGGGCUGUCGGCUCACCUGGGCCAGCUGUCCCCGCCUCCCGAGUCCCACCAGCUGGACGGCGUGGAGCCCUUGAGUGCCAGCGAGCUGUGGACAGAAGUGGACCGCAACGAGUUUGACCAGUAUUUGAAUAUGAGCAGGACUCGUCCCGAUCCCGCGGGGUUUACUUAUGUUUCUGUGUCCAAAGUGACUCCGCGGAGCCUCUCCUGUGAGGACAGCAGCUUGAUAUCAGCCUUAUCCGAUGCAAGUAGUGCUGUUUACUACAGCACCUGUAUUACUGGGUAAAGGUUCACCUAAGGGAGAGGUCCGGGGCACGUCUGCGCGCUGGCUCAGCGGUCACCUCCUCUUCUCAAGGAGCCUGGGAAAUCCGAGGGGAGGGGAGUGCCCGCAGACUUGUCAACAGGGUCCCCGUCCUGGUUCCCGGGGUUCUUUGGGCGAAGCUGUGACGGUGAACCUAGCUUUAAUUGGCGAUGAGCCUGGGGCACAGACGUAUCUGUAGGAACGGGCUGGAUAAAAAGCAGGGCGCACAGACGCUCAGCUUUUGCUCCAGGUAGGAGCAGCUGGGUGGACACUCUCUGCGUGGGUGUCGUGCCUUUGGCCACGAAGGAGCCAGGGGCCCAGCUGGCUGCGGAGGAGUUGAGCAAAGCUUCUACGAGAAGUUUGAAACAAACCUUGCCCAGAAAACGACCCACAAUUCUAGAAGGAGCUGAGGAAGGGCCUUUUCGCACAUUGCAGAACUUCCACGGAGACCUUUAAGUAUCAGUUUAGAAGACACAAGGAUCGAUGUGGCCAGUGCCUUUAGAGAGACAUGUAUUGUUCAGGUGCUGGGGGUGACACACCAUCUCCUUCCCAUAAGAUACAGGUAGUCCUCACUUAAACCCAUUCGUUUAGUGAUGGUUCAGACUUACAGCCGUGCUGAAAAAACUGACUUACGACCGGUCCUCACACUUACGACCAUUGCAGUGUCCCUGUGGUCACAUGGUCAUGAUCUGGGCGCUUGGCAGCCAGUUUGCAUUUAUGACCGUCGCAGCAUCCUGCGGUUCCAUGAUCGCCGUUUUUGACAGUCCUGGCUGGCUUCUGGCAAGCAAAAUCAGUGGGAAACUGUGUGAUUCGCUUAAUGACCACAUGGUUCACUUAAUGCCCAUGGUGAUUCGCUUAACAAUCACCACAAAAAAGGUUGUAAAAUUGGGUCAGAUUUGCUUAAUGACCGCCACGCUUAGCAACCAAAAUUCUGGUCUCGUGGUCAUUAAGCGAGGACCACCCGUAAUGGAUGACAAGCCAAACUUCCUGUCCUGUAAUGUGUGAAUCAGCCCUUUGGUCUCCUGCUCUCCACAUUUACAGCAAAGGCAGAAGGAAAAUAUUCCUCAGUAGGGCUCACUCAGCCUAGCUGCUGCCUGCUCUUUUUGCAUAACUUGUGAAUUAACACAAGGUGGGGAAAUUUUCCUCUGUGCACCAGGCUCCCCGCAAACCUCUCCCCUUAUCUGUGAACCCUGCAGUAUUUUAGAUUAUCUCAUUAACUGCAUUGCUUCCUUUUAAAAAAAAAACAAAUAAGGCUGAAGAACCGAUAUACUGUAUUGCUGUGUAGCACAAGGAGAUGAUUCAAAGCAGAAGGAAAAUGCAUUUAUAAGGUGCUGGAAUAUUGGAGGGGGGCACUUGUUCCUGAAUUUUUGCAGGUAAUGUGGGGAAGUAAUCCAGGCAGGUACCUAUUGACCAUCUUCAUUUACACCAUUCCGUAUUAGAGCAAGCAGUGCCUUUUGAAUUCCUUUCUCUCUCAUAGGAAAUGAAUCCUGUACUUGGUUGCCUUCCCCAUCAACUGCUCCAGUCCAUCUACUGCAGUGUUUCUCAACCUGGUCAACUUGAAGACGUGUGGACUUCAACUCUCAUGGCUGGCUGGGGAAUUCUGGGAGUUGAAGUCCACACAUCUUCAAGUUGACCAGGUUGAGAAACACUGUUCUACUGUCAUAAUUGAAAAAGGUUUGUUUUCAAGGGUUUUAACUGUGGUGUCUCAAGUGAGAUAACCACCUGCCCAGCUUGCCCCAAAGACACAUUAAAUAAAACGUGUGGAUAUGAAAUGGUGGUACUUGGGUCUGAACAAUAUCCACGGGGUUGGGCAGCUGGUGAAGUCAGUGCAGCGGUUUGCAAACACGGCACUUCAGAGCUCUGGGUUACGCUUGCCGGGAAAGUUAGGCCUGCCCUGCACUUGCUGGAAAGCAGUGCAUGAUUUCCUGCAAGGGAGCAUUAAUAGUUGAGAUGUUCCAUAAAGCUGGGUAUCGAAGAGGACGGAAGAAUGACGAGAAAGUGGCUUGAUGUGGUUAAAAUGUUGUAAGAUAUGCGGAAGGGGAAGUGUUAGAAAAGUCUUAAGGAAAGGUGGUACGUUUCACAGAGGAUCCCUGGAUCAUGCCCAUUUGUUUGACGGUCAGUCUGUAGAAUCAUAGAAUUAUGGAGCCAAAAGGGACCCAUGUAGUCCAGCCCUCUGCCACGGGCAGGAAAUCUACCUAUUUUAAUCCCUGUGAAGUGGUUUCUCAUUGUCUUGCUCUCUAAUCCCUCGGGUGCAAUUCUAAACAGGUCUAGAAUUGAUCCCACAGGUUUGGGUUACUCAUCACUUAAAACCCCACUUGAAUGAAAUCGGCUGGGUAGGCUCAGGACAAGCCUGUGAGCCUGCAAAGUUUCAGCCACGUGGAUUUGUGCCUUUGGCUAAUUGCCAGGCACAUAUGUGGCUUACGCAUCUGGAGCUGAUGCUUUAAACCCUACUUUCAAGCCAGGCAGAUGUAUCUUGUCCAGCUGACCGUAGAUCUCAGCCUUCCGACACUGUUUUCCCUGGAAAGUGUGAGCUGGGUGUGCCAGGGAGUGAAGGUAGGGCAUUCUGUGUGUGAAGCACACACACCUCUAUGAACCUCCCUACAGGAUAAAGGUGUUGUUCAGGGUGGAAACGUAACCCCGUGUUUGUACUUUAGCCAAAGACUGCCACGCGUGAAAACUGAAAUUUUCAGUCUUAAAUCCAUAAAGGCUCAAUCCAAAACGAACGCUCCAGUGUUAAAAUCCAGAACAAUCCUUUUUCAAUAUUGUUAAGGGACCAGGAUGAUUUUGGGGUGCCCCCUGCCACAUAUUUUCCACCCUAUCAAGAGCAUUCUCUUUUGUUUGGACAAAUCUAUAUUUUUUACUAAGCUUUUUUUUAUAUCUAUCUAUAAAUAAUAUUUAAUUUGUUCCGGCAUUUUAUACUACGUCUUCUCUUUCUCUCUUUCGUAAUAAAUGAAAGGAUAGCCACAGUGUUGAAAAGCAUCUAUGUAGCAAAUACCAGAUGAAGAACAAAUAGGAAGAGGAGAGCAGCUUUGAAGCUGCAGGGAAUAAUAACUCCUCUGGAGUUUGGGGUUCGCGGAAAAGCGUGGGGAGCAUUUUUGCUGCUGCCACUAGAGAUUUCCAGCGAGGGUUUUGAGCAGAUCCACUUGUACACCUACAGCAUUGCAGAGACACAUGUAAGGGAGCAUCUCACUGGGUGUGUGUUUGCCGGCUGGUUAAUUAUUAAAACAUCUUUUCCUAAUUGCUCGACUCCCAUGCGCUUGUUAUGUGAACACAUGUUUCUCCCCCAAAUCACUUGCCCCCAAGUGUUUCCAGAUUUUUUGCUGGCAGCUGAUCCGGGUUUAGUCUCUGCGUUGGCUUCAUGGGAACAUCUCCCGCUAAGCGAUGCUCUCAAAGAUACAAAAAGGCUGGCAUUUCAACCCCGGCGAUCUUGACAGGCUGAUGUUCGGCGCAGCAUGGUUUUGACGCCUUUGCUUGGAGAAACGAUCUGUUCUUGGCGUGGAAAAACGCCGACCUCGAAUAAAACACCGUGGUAUUCUUUUCUCA